AUGGGUGUGGUGGAGUUUGUCGAUCGUCAUCUGCGGCUUUACUCCUGGCAGCUGCGAGCUAAACGAAGUCGUGGAAAGCUUUCCGGCUGGUCCUCGGCUGCAUCUCUGCGGAGUGCGGCGUUGCUGGUGAUGGAGUACACGGGUCUGGCCGUGGAAACAUACUUCAACACAGCCUCGACGACAUCAUGGGGUCUCUGGGAGUGUACCGAAGCCACCAGCGGCUCCAUUGUGGCGAGCUCAUGGAAAACGCUGACGCAAAAGCUUUAG